AAUGUAGAGAAGAAACACUCUAGUCAUCCCAAAAUAAAGAAAUUGUGCUAGACUCUCUUUUUCUCUGGCAUCAGGUCCUGUUCACGUGUGGAAAGAGUGAUGGGACCAAUUUGAUAGAUUUUAAUAACAGAAUUACAUUUUACCGUCAUGUUCGAUGAAAAGGAUGUGGCUGCCAUUGGCCAAGUACUGGUCAACUCAAAGCAAGACCUUGCCAAAAGAUUUCGGGCACUUUUCACGUUGCGCAAUCUGGGUGGACCAGAGGCCAUCAAAUGGAUAAGUCAGGCCUUCGAAGAUGAAUCUGCUUUGCUGAAACAUGAACUAGCUUACUGUUUGGGUCAAAUGCAAGAUGAACAAGCCAUUCCUGUUCUGGAGGUUGUUUUGAAAGACACUAGCCAAGAGCCCAUGGUCAGACACGAAGCAGGUGAGGCUUUGGGAGCUAUUGGAAAUCCAAAAGUGUUGGAUAUACUCAAACAAUACUCAGAAGAUCCUGUUAUAGAGGUGGCAGAGACGUGUCAGCUAGCUGUGAGACGACUGGAAUGGCUGAUGAGCGGCGGGACUGAAGAGGGGGCUGAAGGAAACCCGUACAGCUCAGUGGACCCGGCGCCGCCGGCCCCCAAGAAGACUGUGCCCGAGCUCAGGACGCUGCUCUUGGACGAGAGCCUGCCACUGUUCGAGCGCUACAGAGCUAUGUUUGCGCUGCGUAACAUGGGCACUGAGGAGGCUGUGCUAGCCCUUGGCGAUGGUCUCCAGUGCAGUAGUGCCUUAUUCCGCCACGAGAUCGGCUACGUCCUGGGUCAGAUCCAGCACGAGGCCAGCAUCCCCCAGCUGCGGGCGGCGCUGGAGAAGGAGGACGAGAGCGCCAUGGUGCGGCACGAGUGCGCCGAGGCGCUGGGCUCCAUUGGCAAGGACACCUGCCUGGAGAUCCUCCAGCGCUACCGCAAGGACCAGGAGCGCGUGGUCAAGGAGAGCUGCGAAGUGGCGCUGGACAUGCUCGACUACGAGAACUCCACGCAGUUCCAGUAUGCAGAUGGACUCCUGCGGUUGCAGGGCGUCUCAUGAAGGAUGACGUCGUGUUGAAGACUUCUCUCUAAGAGAGAGAGAGAUCCCCCCCCCAUCAGCAGUAUCCAACUAUAAACAUCACUGUUUUAUUGCUCGCUGGGUCAAAAUGUGCUCACGGAAAAAAUGUAUAAUGAGAGUUGCUUAUUAUUUCAUUCGCAGACUAUAAUCCAUUAUGUUGUGGGAUUGUGAAAGAGUUUUGGCUGGUUUAUUUAUUCUUUUUAUGGGAAAAUAUGAUGUAGGCGUCACACAAGCCAAAUACAUUUCUCAAAAUCCUUCCUAAAAUCACAGUAAUCUGUUCUAAAGUGUCCUGAGAAGAUUUAAUGCAACCAUUUGAGGGCAUAAACAUUUUUGUUCUGAGCGUAUUUUAAUCAACAUUAAAAUAAUGUUGUGUGACAA